CCUAGAUAAGAAUAAAAAGAAAUAAAAUUAACGCAAAAUAAUACAAAAAAUAUUAGAAUAUAGAAUAUAUAAUGUAGAUGUAGAGUAUAGAUAUAAAAUAUAUGAUAUGGAAUAUAGAAUAUUAUAAAGAUUUACGUGUAAAAGUUCUUUUAGUCGCAAAAUCAUACAGAAUUAAAAAAAUUAUUUUAAUUAUAAAUUACAAUUCUCUUCGCAGAUUCAAAUCACAAAACACAAUUGCAGGUUCCUUAUCAGAUAUUUCUUAUGUUUUUCUUCAAUUAUUAUCUGAAUUCAGGAAAUAUUAAAUAACAUAAUUAUUAAAAUAUUAACAACAUAGGUUCGCUUACGUCUUGAAGACGUCUCGCUGAAAGAUGAGUGAAUCACAGACAGAUGAGGAAAUUCCAGACAUCGAUUUUACUCCUUCGCAUAAACUUCUGAGUGAUCUGAGAUUCCGAAGAAAAAGAAUAUAUAAGAGAACCGAAAGACGAAAUUUACGUGAGGUAACACAAGAAGCAUCUCAGCAAGCAUCUAGCAAGCACCAAGAUGCUAGCAACACUUUGAGCAUUUCGGAUACCGAGCAACCUGACUUGUCCAUUUCAACCAGUUGCAUUUCAUCCACCUUGACCAGCAGUGAAAUCGAAUCAAUAGAACCACAGCCGUCAACAUCAAGACAAGCCUAUUUAGGAGACAGACACAUACCGAUGCGACGCGGUUACAGUUUCGAAGCGGCUUACUAUUUGCUGACAAAAGACACGACAUUCUCUCAAAAUAAUACUGCUCUUAGGACGGAUAUUAUUUCAGUCCAGCUAGACAUUCGUGAACAGAUUGAACAGCUGGAACAUAUGCACCAACGCAGAGCUAUGCAUAAGUCGAUGGUAAAAGUUUUCGUCGGACCAGAGUUCAGACAAAACAAGAUUUUACAAUUGAUUAACUCAACGAAAUCAUACGAUUCAGAGAAUUCGCUAGAUUCAAAUUCUGAAGAGAAGACUUGGAAAUGCAAGCCACGUCAGAAAAAAUUAAUAGGAAGUCCGGAUAUGUACACUAUACCUGACUCUUUAUUUUUACAAGAUUAUUCCGAUUCUAUUGGCAAUAUGGUCGAUUGGAGUAACCUAAAUAUAUUCGUUGUGGGCUGUAAGAAUAAGCUGAGACUACUGCCUAAAAACAUGCCAGACUAUUAUAAAGGCAUAUAUAUACCAACGAGCUUGAAGGAAAACGAUCACAUCAUAGCCAUCAAAUGCAGCAACAGUGGUUCCCAAAUAGCGGUUGCUUCGAAAAAAGGAAAAAUCAUAGUGAUGGAUAUAAUAUUGAAGAAGUGUAUAUGGAGAUCUUCAUGUAUGUGUUACAGCCUACACCCGGAUACACCGUGCAUCAUGUGUGGAAUAUGCUGGUCUAAGAGAGACAAGGAGAUUCUCAUUGCAUGCAACAAUAUAAUAAUGAUUUGCGAAAGCAAGGAAGGUCAGUUAAUAAGGAAUAUAAUACUGCAUGAUGAUAAUAUCGUGUGCAUGGUCUUCUCGUCAGAUUUCAAAUACUUCGCAACAACUGGGAAAGAUGGCAAAUUGCGAGUGAUGAAAUGGUCUGAUGGCUGUAAUGUUCUCAGUGUUCAAGUUUACGGAACUAUCAAGGCAAUCGCCUGGCACCCGAGCGAGCCCCUAUUUUGUACAGGCGGAGGGUACAACGGAUUAUUAACGUUUUGGCAUGCGAAGAAGAAAGCCAGAAUAGGCAUCGUGCGCGAGAAGUCGCUCGGUACUGUGAGACAUCUCCUUUGGAACAAGUUAAGCGGCGAGUUGGUCGUCCACUGGAUUCAUAUGAACGGGCUUGACCAAGAGAUCAGCAUCUCGGUGUUUGGCAGUGUCACUCGUAUCGUCGAUGCGGUCCCGCUCGACAAAGAGAACGAGAUGCAGAUCUCGUUCUUGAUGUUCAACCAUGCGCAUGAUAAACUAGUAUCGUACUCCCGUGCAAGCAACGUUUUCAUGUUCUGGAACUUUUUUGGCGACGACGAAAGGAUCCGGGAUCAAUAUGCACCUCGUCGCAAAUAUCGACGAAUAGGACCUCUCCACGAUACGAUUCGAUAAUCAGUCGUUCAUGUGUUAUGAAGUGUAGUCGAGAGAGCACAAAUACAAAAACGGCUGUGCGUACAUCUAUAUAUAUAUAUGUCUUUAAUACUAUCGACCGUUAAUAUAUCGUAUCAAGAGUUGCGCAUCCGUGCAACGUUUAUAACUCGUAAGAAUUAAAUUUUACAGCAUGCGGAAAUAGAAAAUAGAAUUUUACCGUUUUACACCGCGAUUACACUUUUAAUGCAUUUAACUAGUACACUGCUUUGCACAUAUAAUUCCUGCGCGAUAGAGAGAUCGUUGUAAAUUAUCGUUACGGAUCGCGGCAUGUCGAAGUAAAUUAUGCAAGCCGGGAAUCCGCCCAAUAUAUUGAGGCUGAGCGUGUUUGCGCGAGAUCGUAAGCAUCGAAAUCGUAAAGGGCCUGUUAAUUUCAUUAUUAUAAUAUUAUAAUUAAUCAUAUUUUUACAAAAUAUUAAUAAUUUUUACAUUUAGCAAUUUUACAUUUACAUUUAGUAAUUUUAAGAUAGAGUAUAAUUGCAUGUACGAAUGUUAUUGUAGAUUACAUUAAAUUUUAAGUAAUAUAUAUAUAUAGAUUUAAAUAUAAGGAAUGUAUAAUACCUAUAUAUAGAUGGUAUGUAAUACUAAAUAUAUUUUACAUAUUCAAAAGCGUAACUGGCCGUCGUUGCUAUAAUUAGUGGUGCAAAACGUAUGGCGCAGAUAAUUACAGUUCGGUAUCCAAUGGCGCUAAAAUCUCACGCGGAUGCGUUGAUUUAGCGACGCUCGUAAAACAGUUUCCGCAAUUUCGCGCCGGCCGCGAGACAGUGGCGUGCCGGAUUGAUAAAAAAGAAAAACGAAAUGCAAUGGGUUUCGAUAAAAAAAAGAAAUUAAGUUGAACGUAAUCGUCCUGCUUCCCGGCAGCUAACUCUUGGGAUUUCAAGCGGACAUUUACGCCUAAUAGCCGAUAGCGUACAACGGUCCACCAUAUAAUUAAUCCUCGGGCAACGGUGCUUAUUUAGCAGCAUGCGACUCUGCCACAGAUUGUAUAUCUAACAUUAUGGUUAUUAUAUUAAAUCAUUUGCAUGUGUUAUCAUGUAUGGCGUCUCGAAAGAAUCAGAUGUGCUUUUAGCUAUUUUGAUCAGUUUCGAAUUAAUCAUUUGUUUGCAAAAUAUUAAUAAUUUUUAAUUUUAAUUCUUAAUUUUUAAUUUUAUAUUAACAUAAUAAUUUUAAGGUAGAAUUGUAUGUAUGAAUGCUAUUGUAGAUUACAUUAAAUUUUAAGUGUAUAUAUAUAUAUAGAUUUAAAUAUAAAGAAUGUACAAUAUAGUAUAUAGAUGCGUAAUACUAAAUAUAUUUUUAUUGAAAAGCUAUCAGAUAAAUGAUGAUAAAAAUUGGAAAUAAGAAAUCUGAUAUCUGUUUCUAAAUCAAUCUGCAAUAUUGUAUAACUUCUGUAUAAUAAUGUUAUAUAAUUUUUAUCAACGUAUUAUGUUGUUGAGAAUUGUAACAUUCUAAGAUGCACUAUAUUUAAUAUAAUUUAUGUACACUCAUAUAUUAUGUGUAUGUUAAAUGAAAAUGUUCAUAAUAUUGAAAAAUAUAAUCGUGAUAUUUCCAAGUAAGAAAC